AUGGAGACAAACUGUCAAAGACAUGUUACCACCAAGCUGACUGCAGACAACCAAAACCUGAACUCACAAAACCAGGAGCUGAACUCACAAAACCAGGAGCCGAACUCAAAAAACCAGGAGCUGAACUCAAAAAACCAGGAGCUGAACUCACGAAACCAGGAGCUGAACUCACAAAACCAGGAGCUGAACUCACAAAACCAGGAGCUGAACUCACAAAACCAGGAGCUGAACUCACGAAACCAGGAGCUGAACUCACAAAACCAGGAGCUGAACUCACAAAACCAGGAGCUGAACUCACAAAACCAGGAGCUGAACUCAGGAAACCAGGAGCUGAACUCAGGAAACCAGGAGCUGAACUCACAAAACCAGGAGCUGAACUCACAAAACCAGGAGCUGAACUCACAAAACCAGGAGCUGAACUCAGGAAACCAGGAGCUGAACUCACAAAACCAGGAGCUGAACUCACAAAACCAGGAGCUGAACUCGCAAAACCAGGAGCUGAACUCGCGAAACCAGGAGCUGAACUCACGAAACCAGGAGCUGAACUCACAAAACCAGGAGCUGAACUCACGAAACCAGGAGCUGAACUCACAAAACCAGGAGCUGAACUCACGAAACCAGGAGCUGAACUCACAAAACCAGGAGCUGAACUCACAAAACCAGGAGCUGAACUCAGGAAACCAAGAUAAACAGUGUAAACCUUGUGAGCAGGGCUGGGCAUUCAACGGGCUCAGCUGCUAUACGUUUUAUGAUGUUGGACCUUCUGAGCAGAGAACAUGGGAAGAAGCUCGAGGAUUCUGCAGAGGAAUUAAUUCAGAUUUGCUUGUUUUCCAUCAUACAGAGAAAAAGUAAUGACAUUUUUAUAACACAAUUAUGAACUUGUAUCUAUGGUUCACUCUAGGAUUUGAUGGAUACUGGUUUGGCCUGAGAGUUGUAGAGGGGAGAUGGAAGUGGGUUGAUGGAAGUGAUCUGAUUGUAAACUCCUGGCUUCAACAUCCUACUGAUGGUCACUGUGCAAUGUCUGACUGGAUACAAGGAUGGAGAUCAGUGAGCUGUGAUGAAAAAAGACGAUGGAUCUGUGGGAAGAAGGCUUUAUCUGUUUAA